CGUGGCCAUAACGAACCAAAGCCAAAAUUACCCGUCGAUUUUACAAUAUCCUAACCACUCGUUUCUUCAAAAAAAAAAUUCUCUUCUGCCGCGACGCAACCAACGUCGGCAGUUCAUGGCCGGCGCGUGGUCUCCCAUUUCUAGGCGCGUGCUUGGUUCCACUGUUAUCGAUCUGAGCAGAAGCAAUUCCCGAACCGGAGGUUCGUUACCGGUCCGGAUAUCCGCCCGGAGCCAUGGCGUAUCCACUUGUGAAGAGCGAGAGACACCUCAAGGACCUUCAUGUAUAUUUGUCGGACCUGUUGAAACAGCUAGUAAAGAAACCUUAGAAGCACUCUACCGCCAGCGUACACUUAUCCUCCCCAAACCUCACUUGAUGGAAAUAUAUUGGGCGCGUGAUUCUUAUUACAGUGGAAUGCCUUUAAUAGUUGAUGAUAUGUUUGACAGAGUAGAGUUAAGAUUGCGGUGGUAUGGUUCAAAGCAUGUAGUCAAGUAUCCCCGCUGCAGUCUUAGGCGGCACUCAACUUAUGCUGAUGCAGAGGAAGAUCCUUCACAGGUGUUUGCAUUAGCAAGUGUAUGGUUGCUGAUUCUUGGGUUUGGGAGUUCAUUCUUGAUUGUGCCUUUAAUCUACACCAUCGUGCAAGCUUAUCAAGACACAUUUGAUUCAGGAAUGUCCUACACCGAUCAAUCUUUUGAGUUGUUUACCAUGCUCAAUGGAAUCCUCUUUAUGGUGUUGGGAUCUAUCAUAGGCUUCCCAAUUGCUUCGGCCUCUGUUGGAGCACUUCAAGGACUUUGGAAAAAUGACUUGGUAGCUCUGAAAGGGGCAUGCCCAAACUGUGGUGAGGAGGUGUUUGCUUUCCUGAAAGCAGAGAGAUCCAAUCAUUCCCCGCAUAGAGCUGAUUGUCACGUUUGUGAAAGCAGAUUAGAAUUUCAAACCAAUGUUGAGCAAUCCAGCUCAAGACCUGGCAGACGUUGGGUUUAUGGGCGCGUUUACUUAAUUAGACAGAGACAAAGAUGGGCAUGACAAUGAUGUUGAUUGUAUUCUCCUAAGUUAAUCCUGAUGAUGAUCACGAAGCGUUAUGCACACACCUUAUCAGCCAGAGCACAGUUCGCCGCCUUGUGUCAAUAUCUCCAUACUAUACAGAUUUGAAAAUUCUGCUGCAAGUUGUUGAAAAAUUGUUUGGGUUCUUAAAUCCAACUCAGCCCCGAAUCUCCCAUCAUGAAAAAUUUACUAGUACCAUAAAUAGAAGAAUUCAGCCCAGAUAAUUGGAAACUAUAGUGUAUUUGCUCAUACUUGGAAAAAUUUAGUGAACAUAAUUGUUUUUAUGAAAUGAAAAUAUCUCAUUUGUCAGUGAA